AUGAAGGACAAAAUCAGCAACAUCUUGCGAUCGCCCACCAAGCCGCCCAACGGGGUGUGCCAGCGCUCCGUCUACACCAACAACCCAUCGCCGCAAGCAAGCUUGCGUGUCGUCAUGACUGGGGGGCAGCUGUCCCAACGCAUGAGCAACAACUCGCUGUCCUCCGGCACGGACUCCGUGGGCCGCAUGGAUCGCGGCAGCAGCUCCAGUCUCGCUAGCAGCGCCACCGUUGGCACCAACACCAUCACCAGCGGCAUUUCCAAGGAGUGCGCCAAUUACCCCGUCGGCAGUCAGUCGGCCCGUCCAUACGUCCAACUGCCGGGCAUACACAUUUCCAACCCUCCCCAGUACGGGCCAGGGAAUAUGCAGGAAAUAGACGCUGGCAAAAUGGCGCACAACGGCAAGGCACUCACAGGGCGCUACAAUGCCACGCCCACCUAUGGCUUCGACAACGAGCAGAACCACUGCCUGAAUUCCCAACAGUUGCCGUGUCCAAUGCCCCCUCCACCAUACGCCUUGGCACGCGUGAGCAGCACACGCAACUUCGAGCUCGAGAACCACACACCGCCGGCAUGUCCCGGCUCUGGACCCAUUGCCAUGACGAACGGCACCAUCCAGUUGCGCCUCCGCGAUGGCGUGCGCAUUGACAUGACUCUGGACAAGGCGGUGCGCGUGCUCAAUCAGCGCAGCAUGGUGGCAGUUGCUCUAUCACGCAACUGCAGCAACUCGGCUUUGAUCCACCCCAAUGGACGCGUCUUGCAGAGCGGCGCUAAAGUCGAAAUAGUCACCUACGACGGCAUGAAGGGCAAUAACUUUGUUCGCUAUGCCAAGAUGUGGUACAAGGGUGUGAGCUUCACCAGCGAGGCGUGCGCUCUCAUCUACCUGGUGGACACAGCCGGGACGCGCACCACAACCGACACUUUCACCGAUCUGACCAAGGACUACACCCUGGCAGUGUUCUAUGAUCGCAAUGAGAAGCGCAUGCACUUCGAUGGAUCCUGUUUCAUUGUACGCAACGCCGGACACUCCGCCGGCUUCAAUGAGAACAACCUGCUCAUUGUCUACUGA